CCGAGCUCAUCCUUCUCGCCAUUCUCGCAGCAGCUCACCACCACGACCAGCUCCUCCACGCGCAACCAAAUCGCGACCAGCAGAUCCGCAGCGACCACCCUCCGUUUCAACCCGAAGCUCGCCAUCGCGAGCAGCAACCAAGCUCGCCGUCGCGAGCAGCCACCAAGCUCUCCGUCGCGUUGAGCCUCUGCCCGUACCGGCGACCAGCUCCAAGCUCGAGCCACCCACGACCUUGACAGCUGACGAGCGAGACCAGCUGACUUGGGAUCAGCUUAAGGGCAUUUUGGAGGCCAAGUACUACCCUCGCCACUUUCUCGAGAGGAUGGAGCGAGAGUUCUAUGACUUGCUUCAGGGAGACCGCUCGGUUGAGGAGUACGAGCGGGAGUUCGCUCGUAAGAGCACCAUUGCACGCCAUCUUGUGGACACCGACGACAAGAAGGCCUCCCGUUUCCGCAACGGCCUGACCAGAGACCAUCGAGUGCUCGUAGCCAGCCAUGGCUAUUUGACUUAUGCUGAGACCGUUGAGCGAGCCCAGCAGAUUGAGGCAUCCCAGCUGCUAGACACUCCUGCACAGCCACUAGCUCAGGUGGCACCACUAGCCAGACAGCCAGCUGCCAUCCAGCCAGCCCUACCAGCGCCACCUCAGCAGGCGCAGCACCGGAACAAGAGGAAGUGGAGAGGUCGCGACGAUAGGAGGAACCGUCGACCAGGAGCCCCAGCUCAAGCAGCACCACCGGUCCCGCAGCCCCCAACUAUUUGCGCUACUUGUCAGCGCGUCCACCGGGGAGA